AUGCCUUCCUGCACGAGGAUACGGCAGCUCCUGCCAAGGCUGAGGCUGCUGGGAAGGAACGUAUCGCUCCAGCCAGCAGCCAGCGGUAAACCGGCCACCAAUGCCUCAAAGGAGCUAAAGCGGCUACUGUACAAGGCACUAGAGGAGAAUGCGCUCGCAGAUGAAACGCUGGUGCAGGCAGCCGACUGUCUGUAUGAGCUCAAGGGCUGCAACACAACUGCGGGAGCCCACAUUUGCAAGGCCGUCGAACAACGGCCGCACAUAUACACAAGGCCUCUAUCAGGUGGCGUUCUGUGGUCGUUUCAUGCGGCUGGAGGGCGUAGCACUAAACGGAAGAGGGUUGUCAAGUCCUCGUGCGUCGCCGCUAUCGAAGCGUUCAUGAACGAACUCUUCGCGAUACAAAAUGAUUCCAGGAACGCAUCCCACCUCACAUCGACCUUGAGUAAUCUGGCUAUCGUAGGGCAGUGCUUCAGUCUGCCGGUGUCGACACGAGCUCGUCUGGAGCAGGCCAUAUUAGAUGCGCGGGACAGUUUGGUGCCCAUACUCGAGCGGUCCAAUGCCGUGGUGGCGUACAUCGAAGUUCUAUACAGGUUCAGGAUACGAUCUGAUCCCAUCGCAGAAGAUGCACUCAAUGCGUUCGUUGCUGUGGCCUCAUACCACGAGAUCAUAAGCACCAGCGCGCUUGCCAAGACCAUUAAGAUACUGCAGGCUUGGAGAAUCGGGCCGUUGGGCGCCAACAGGAGCGCCCUAGACAUGUUAACGCACAAAUUGAAUAAGGUGCCGGUGUUGCUCGGUAAAAAUCCAAACGCGCUGGUGAAGUUGUACCUGGCCUCAACCAGGGUUGCGCCCGCAACGUGCGACAUUCGUGAAAGCGACAGGGUACCAUCAGACAACGGUGGAGCUUCGAACGACAAUGAAUCUGAAGCUACAAUCUGUGUUCAAAACGCCACCGAGUCUGACAACCACACGGGUUUAAAUGGCAGUGCACUGUCGGGAGCUGUCAAAGGUGCACCAACUGAUGAAUGUCAUAAGGACCUGGAAACGGAACAAACCGCAGCAGACAAACUGCAUACAUCGCAAUACAACCAUUCAACUACCAACCAGUCAUCUGUCGAGAAUGCGAUCUCUACGGAUGGCCGACCGACCCAAAGUGCCUCUUUCGAUGCCGUAGCCACUUCCGGUGUUCAAUGUCUAUCUGCCCUGCUCCUCCGGCACUGCUGCAACCUAGUGACGCGCUGCAACGCCAGAUUACUGGUAGUGUUGUACAAUGCCAUGUGCCACCACAUACUGCGGGAUGUACCGAUUAUGAAAUACGAUGCUGGGCAUCCCUCUACCGCGGAUGAACGAUCGGUAUCGGACAAGGGGGCUAAUUCUGCCGCCAACGCUCCUUCGAAACACCGAGCUGAUUCAAUAAUGAGUACCGGAUCGCAUUUGCUUAUGGAUAUAGUGACGGGGUUCUCACUGUCUGAUUUUGCAACAUGCGUCCAUACCAUUAGCGUCGAGGUUCGAGACGCCCUAGCUUUGGACGCUUCAGCAAAGCAUGGAGCUGGACAGCCGCCACUGACCCUGUAUGACGAGAAAGAUCUCACUACCAUACGCCGUGCAGCUUUAGUUGCAAGCCGUAUUUGCAGCGGUGCACCGGACGAAGUGGCACGUUUGGCUGAAGAGUUGUUGCGAGACCGCUUUGGAGUCGCCUUUGUAUCGGAAUUACGUGAUAAGCAUCGAAUCUGA